GAGAGAGAGAGAGGGACCAGCCAGAGUCAGACUGAGACAUAACAAAUGUUUCCGUUGUGCUGCAAAGAGAGCCUGAGGUCUAUAUCUGAGACACCAUUUGUAUGUUGUAGAUGAAAUCAGAGAGCGUUACGCCACUUGGGGGGAGAGAUAGUGCCUGGGCAUGAGAGCGUAAAAUGUUGCCUAAGAAGGGGUGGAGAGAACAGGGCAGGAGAGGUGUUGAGAUUGUUUAGGAAGGGUGAGUGGUUAUUUGUCUGUCUUGUUCUGCCCUCCCUUGCUCUCUCUCUCUUUCAGAUUUCCUCUUUACACUUACUCUUUACAAAAUUAACUGGAAAGAGACUGUUCCUAAAAGAUCUUGGCUACUUCUGGAAAACUGACCAAAGAAAUUGAGGAUUUAUGAAUUGAGGACUUGAUGAAUGUAGACUUGAAAACAAACAUUUUUGAGAGAUUGUUUGUAAACAGUUUUGAGAGAUUAUUUGUUUGCGCUUUUCUGGACAAGACGUUUCCCCUCCACUCUUUCUAAACCACAGCAGUUGUCUCCAUUCCUGUUGGACUAUGGUAUAUUCUGGCACUCUGCCCCUAUCUGGGUUACCUGAUUUCAUUGGAUUAUUCUUUGGAUUACUGAGGAACACUGGUGAAGAUAUAUUGUAUAAAGUGUGCUCUUUUCAACCAAAGCUGUCAACCAUAAAGAUACAAUGACAUCAUUUACUAAGCUGUCCAUGCCAGACAUGCCAGACAUCUAGACCACUCCCUCAUUCAACUGUCAUAGAUAGGGCUGCCAGACACAAACCGCCAGGCUGCACUGAACAGAUCCUACUCGGACUAACACACCACAACCAGGAAUCCUUCCUCAGGACAAUGGCCACGGGGGGGAACGGGCUAGGAUCUGACCGGAGCCUGACAUCCACCUCCCAGCUGCCCAGUGCCUCUGACCGGCGGCAGGUGGACAAGGCCCUGAAGAGGCUGGAGAAGCUGCAUCGGCUGUGUACCAACCCCAGGCUGGGCCUGAGGAACAGCCCCCCGUACCUCCCAGAUGUGGUCUCAGAGACAGCCAAGCUGCUCACCCAGGUGUGGGAGCCGUACAGGGGGCCUGCAGCCGGGGGGCAGGUCCCCCGGGGGGACGAGGGGCAGUACCUGAGGAUCCAUGCAAGACACCUGCUGGAUAAGACUAACCGGGCCAUGCUGCUGUUUAAAGAGGGGCGCGAUAAGAUGUUCGAGGAGAUGUCCAGCUACAGGAGAAACUUGACCAAGCUGUCCCUGCUCUUCAGUCACAUGCUCUGGGAGCUGAGGGCCAUGUUUCCAGAGGGAAGCUUUCAAGGCGACACCUUUAGGCUGACUAUAGCAGAGGCCGGAGAGUUCUGGAGGCGAGCAUUUGGAAACAAGUGUAUUGUGCAGUGGAGCAGUUUUAAGCAGCAUCUCUGUAGGGUCCAUGGCUUUGAAGAGGGGAUGGAGUCCAUGGCUCUAAAGUCAACUGUAGAUCUCACCUGUAACGACCACAUCUCAGUGUUCGAGUUUGACAUCUUCACCAGGCUAUUCCAGCCCUGGAGGUCUCUUCUGAGGAACUGGAACCAGUUGGCAGUGACCCACCCCGGCUACAUGGCCUUCCUCACCUACGACCAGGUCAAAGCCCGCCUCCAAAACUACCUGCACCAGCCCGGGAGCUACAUCUUCCGUCUGAGCUGCACUCGGAUGGGCCAGUGGGCCAUUGGUCAUGUGACUGGUGAUGGCGGCAUCGUACAGACGAUCCCCCAGAAUACACCUCUCUACCAGGCCCUCAUCCAGGGCUUCAGGGAGGGCUGCUAUCUUUACCCUGACGGACGUGAUGUGAACCCAGACCUCACCAGUCUGUGUGAACCAGCACAGAGAAGCAGGGUCAAAGUCACAGAGGACGAGUAUGAGAUGUACUGUGAGAUGGGUAGUACCUUCCAGCUGUGUAAGAUCUGUACAGAGAGAGACAAGGACACACGCAUCCAGCCCUGCGGACACCUGCUGUGUCAACCCUGCCUCACAGGAUGGCAGAAGUCGGAUGGACACACCUGCCCAUACUGUCGCUGUGACAUCAGAGGGACAGAGUCCAUCCUGGUGGAGCCUUACCUGUCUGUCAGCGAGGAAGAGGAAGAUGACCUGGAGGAUGUACAGCUAGUCAUGAAAAACCUGGCCUGUAUGAAGAGGAUGACGUCUGAAGAGUACCAGUUCCCCAGCUCUCGCCUCGUUCCACCCCUCCCUCCCAAACACAGCACCUUCUCCCACUGCCCUUCCCCAAAAGCCCCCUUACGGCAUUCCGGUAUACUGGCCAAAUACUCCCACUCUAACUCACGUUCUGCUCACAGUGACACCCCCUCAGACAGAGCGCUCACACACCACACUGCCAGCACUAACAGAUGCCAGUGGGAGGAGCUAGCUAGGAGUGAGGAGGAAAAUUCUGGGGGUUUCAGACAACCGCCCACACUCCCAAUCUCUCACAGUGAGGAUUCUGUCUCAGAGCCAAACUUCCACUCCUGUUCCGUCUCCUCCCAGGCCUGUGGAGAGGGUGGAGCAGCCUGGGAAGGGGCUUCAGAUUCAGUGAAACAGAAGAAGAGGUAUAAAGAAAGGAGUGAAAGGACGUCAGAGCUCGGGUACAGCCAGAGAGAGCGGGAGAGAACCAUGUCCUCCUGAUGCUGGGAGAAAAGAUAAGCACAACAUCUCUGACUCAAGAAUGGAUGGAUAAUAGGAAUAAGAAAGGUUGAUUUCCACUGUUCCUGAUAAACAGCCAUUGUUAAUCUUAUGUACCUUAUGUAUAUGUAUCUUAUGUAUGCCUUAAUAUGGAGGGAGAAUGCCUUGUUGAUAAACUAAUAAUGGCAUCAAAGUGAAUGGAGAAGGACAGACAGAUGGAGCAACUCACUGAUGCCCUCUGCUGCACAGCAAACAGAGUAAGCUGCUGCACAGCAAACAGAGUAAGCUGCUGCACAGUUCCAAAAACAAGUUCAAUUCUUCCAUUGCUUGAUGUGUGUAUGUAGGGCAUUGAAAAUAUGCUACCUCAUAAUUUACCCCAUACUUAAAACAUAUUGUCCAGGAUGUAUGACUAGUACGGUAUAUAGCCUGCAUACUAUAGUUGUAUGUUAAUAUGAUCAAACAUGAAACCCAAAUAAAACUCUUGCACCUCCA